UAAAAGGCGACAACAGAGAGACAACCAAUUUAAUUGAAUUAUAUUCACCACAAUCACAGACAAUAACAAUGUUUAUGAGGAUAUUUGUAUUGAGUGCGGCUCUAGUAGUGAGCUGUCGGGCGGACUGGCAGUUGGUUUGGUCGGACGAAUUCAAUGGGAGCGGAGCCCCCAGUGCUGGGGAGUGGCACUACGAAACCGGUGGCAGCGGUUGGGGUAAUAACGAGUUGGAGUACUACACCAAUGGAGACACUAAUAAUGUCCGUCAAGAGGGCGGACAUCUCGUGAUUAAUGCCAAAGUGCACGAACAGGGCGGCAAACACUUCACGUCCACCCGAAUGCUAUCGAACAAGGCGUGGACUUACGGCAAGUUUGAGGCCAGAGCUAAACUACCAAAAGGCAAACACUUAUGGCCCGCCAUAUGGAUGAUGCCUCAGAACAGUGUCUACGGGCCCUGGGCAGCGAGCGGCGAGAUCGACAUAAUGGAGGCUCGGGGACAGAAACCUAACGUAGUCCAGGGAACCAUUCAUUACGGCGGCAGCGCACCCAACAAUGUAUGGUCCGGCAGUGGAGAGAAGACCUAUGGUUUCGACUUUACCGCCGACUUUCACACAUUCACUCUCGAGUGGAAUCAGCAAACAAUCAAAUGGUCCAUCGAUGGCAACGAAUACCACUCCGAAAACAUCAAUAGGAAUAUGUGGUCCCAUAAGGGCACCAACCCUUACAACCACAACGUAGCCCCCUUUGAUCAGGCCUUCCACUGGAUCCUAAACAUAGCGGUCGGCGGAAACUUCUUCCCGGAGGGCCAGUACGGCCCUCAGGUCACCCCCGCUGAGGCCCAACACUGGGAGAAGCCUACCAUGGAAAUCGAUUACCUCCGGGGGAACUGGCAGUUGGUUUGGUCGGACGAGUUUAAUGUCGAUGGUAAUGACUCGGAAUGGAAGUACUCUUCAGGAGCGUGGACAACAAAUAAUGAACUGCAAUACUAUGCCUCUAAACGCAAGGAGAACACACGGGUAGAGAAGGGACACCUCAUUAUUGAGGCCAAAGCCGAGGAGAAGGACGGCCGACACUUCACGUCCGCACGGCUCACCUCAAAGAAGGCCUGGACUUAUGGCAAGUUUGAGUGCAGGGCUCGCCUACCGAAAGGCAAACACUUAUGGCCAGCCAUUUGGCUCAUGCCUCAGAAUAACGAGUUUGGCAAAUGGGCGGCCAGCGGUGAGAUAGAUAUCAUGGAGUACAGGGGUCAGCGCACGGACACUAUAGCCGGAGCCAUUCACUACGGAGGAGUGGCACCCGACACGGUGUCCAAAGGGACUAAAGAUAGGAAGUUUAGCACUGAUUUCAGUGCAACGUUUCAUACAUUUGGUCUCACGUGGGAUAAGAAUGAUAUCAAAUGGUUUUUAGAUGGAAAAGAAUUUCACACCGAAAAUAUAAACAGGGACAUGUGGUCUGGAAAGGGUACCAAUCCUUAUAAACAUAAGGGUGAGCCGUACAAUAAGGACUUCCAUUGGAUACUGAAUAUAGCGGUGGGCGGGAAGUUUUUUCCCGAAAAAGUUUUUGGCCCUCAGGUGACCGCCGGGGAGGCCACCAAAUGGGAGAAGCCUACGAUGGAAGUGGAUUGGCUGCGAGUGUAUCAACAGAAAUAA